UGCGGAACGCGGAACGCGUGCGGGACACGGGGGAGGAAGCAAGCAACAUGGGGAGACACGGAGACACUGAGAGACACGGGGAGACAGGGGGUAGUGAUAGGACAGAGACACGGAGACACUGAGAGUCACGGGGAGACAGGGGGUAGUGAUAGGACAGAGACACGGAGACACUGAGAGUCACGGGGAGACAGGGGGUAGUGAUAGUACAGAGACACGGAGACACCGAGAGUCACGGGGAGACAGGUCGUAGUGAUAGUACAGAGACACGGAGACACUGAGAGUCACGGGGAGACAGGGGGUAGUGGUAGGACAGAGACACAGAGACACUGAGAGUCACGGGGAGGCAGGGGGUAGUGAUAGUACAGAGACACGGAGACACUGAGAGACACGGGGAGACGGAAAGACAGGUGGUAGUGAUCGGACAGAGACACGGAGACACUCAGAGUCACGGGGAGACAGGGGGUAGUGAUAGUACAGAGACACGGAGACACUGAGAGACACGGGGAGACGGAAAGACAGGUGGUAGUGAUCGGACAGAGACACGGAGACACUGAGAGUCACGGGGAGACAGGAGGUAGUGAUAUGACAGAAACAAUGCGGUAACCACUGCACCACCACUCCAACAGACAGCGAGACCCAUCAAACGAGAAAGCGAGAGAAGAGCGACACGACAGACACAGAGAACACACAAAGGAGGCCUCGGGGAUAGAAACACACCAAUCUGAUAGCUCGAGAGAGAGAGCCAAGAGAGACACGCAGCUCAAUGGACACCGGGGAGAUACGCCUUCUCGUUCAGAGGGAACAAAAACUCCCUCGCUCUCGACUCGGAUUCCUCCUGGAUGCUCGCGGCCAGGGCGCCUCGUUGGAGUCAGCCGACAUCUCAACAGGAGUCAGGUUUGUUGUUGUUCCCCGGCUCCUGGGUUGAGUUGGGUGGGGGGGUUUAUUGGAGGAGCUCGGAUCUCAUCCAUCAAUCCACCUACCCACGGGGAUUAAGAGGCGAGGUGCCCCAGUCGGAGGGGAGGUGUUUUAAUUGGGGAGAGGAUUUCACUGCGAGUGAGUAAACAACUGCGUGGCAACUCGGGGGGCAACGGGGGAGGCGGACGGUGGUGGUGGUGGCGGCUCUACAAGAGCUGUGUGUACGUAUGUAUGGUGGACUUCUUUCGCGCCGUACGUAGCCAACCGUGCUAAGCGGAGGAGCUGUUUUUUUUGUCUAUGAGGCCAAGAGGAGGAGGAUGCUGAUAGGAGGAAGAGCAGGGAGUUAAGAGGAGAUUAAGAGGUGCAAAGUUAGCGGAGGGAAUGUACAACAGGAAGCCAGCAGGAGGAGGUUAGGAAGAUGAAGAGCAGGUCAAGAGGUGGGAGAUAGCAGCAGCUCAGAAGAACAACGACGAGUGUGAGAAGGAAAACCAAGGGUCCUGGCAAAGGGAGGCGGGCUAGAAUAAAAAAGAAAGUGGAGGACUUUUUUUGACGUAAAAACGAGAGGAAGAGGCGGCGGGCAACAGGAGCAGCUCAUUGAGAAUUUGAGGAAGCAGAGCGCAGAGCGUGGCACAAAACAAGAGGAGGCUGAGCAAGGUUCCAGGUGGAGGAGAAGGCGUUGACGACCCCAGCCAGUCACCGACUUUGGAGCAGGUUCCUUGGCUCUGACGCCUGCGAGGACGAUGGCACGUGGAGCCCUCCUGCUCCACGUGGGCGCGCUGCUCGCCUGGACCGCGGGCCCCGACUCGGGGUCGGCACGUUGCGUGCACGACUUGGUGCAGCCCUCGUAUGCCCCCACCGUGGUGCUGUCCUACGCACAACCGGCACCACCACCACCACCACCAUCAUCAUCACAACCGAGAGGCGCGUUCAGGGCAGCGGCAGCGACGACGACGACUGGUGGUGGUGGUCAGCAGGGCGCCCGCCCGAUGAGGAUCCACGUGGAGCUCUUGGCGGAGGAGUUGGGGGGCCUGCAGGCGGAGGAGAGUACGAGGCUGCAAGCGUCCGUGCAGACGGCCGUGAGAAGGGUCUCGGAGCUGCUGGCGGUAAUCCCUGUGUCAGGUCCACUGCGUUUGAGCCGAACUCCCAGCAAAUACUGCAAGAGCUUCUGGCCCCAGUCAUAUGAGAAUGGAGGGAAGUGCUCCACUUUGGACAGCAGGUACACUGGGGAGAUGUGUUUGGAAGCAAAGAUUCCCGAGGAGCACCUGCUGGGCUACUCAACGUGGGGCAGCUCGGGUUCCGGUGUGGAGAUCCGUGGGGACGGUCCCGGGGUCCUGGACUCUGACUUCAUCCUCUACGUGCGCGCCGCCGACACCCUCCGCUGCGCCGCCGGGGUCACCGCCUACGCCGCCUACUGUCAGCUGGACCAGGUGGACCGACCCGUAGCCGCGGCCGCCACCUUCUGCCCCGCGUCGCUCCGGGGCGACGCCUUCAACAGUGACAGCACAGUGCUGGCCGUCAUUCACGAGCUCUUCCACGCACUCGGCUUCUCCAAGGACCUCUACAGGAAGUGGCGCGACUGCAGCGACUCGGCGCUGGCGCUGGGCCGGGACUGCUCCCCGCGGGCCCAGGUCACAAACGAGGACGCACACGGGCAGCAGCGUGUGUUCACCCCGGCCGUGCUGCGCACCGUGCAGCACCUCCUGGCCUGCAACUCCUCCGAGUGCGGCGGGGUCCUGGAGGACGCGGACGGCUCGUCGGUGCCAUCGUCGCACUGGGAGGCGCGUGCGCUGCAGGGCUCCAUCAUGACGGCAUCGCUGGGAGCCCCCGGCCUCGUGCUGGUGGACACGGUGACGCUGGCGGCGUUGGAGGACACGGGGUGGUACCGCGUCGACUACAGCCGGGCCGAGCCACUCGUGUGGGGCCGUGGUCAGGGGGGAGACUUCGGUUUGGUCUCCACGUGCUCCACUCCAGAUUCUCCCUUCUUCUGCCAGGGAAGCGGACUAGGGUGCCACUACCUACACCUGCACAAAGGUCGCUGCGACACAGACUCAUUCCUCAAUGGCUGCCGUAUCUACAAGCCACUCGCCAGCAAGGGGGAGUGCUGGCUGGAGGCGAACGCCCCCUCCGUCGCGGAGCGGAACUCCACGGGCGAGGUUUACCUGAGCAACAGCCGCUGUUUCUUCUCGAACCUCAGCCGACAGGGGGUCCCCUCUAACUCCUCGGGGCUGCUCGGACGCUGCUACGCACAUCGCUGCCUCGGGGAGGAGCAGGUGGAGGUGCGCGUGGGCGACUCGGGGUGGACGCCGUGUCCCGCAGGGUCCAGCAUCCAGGUCCCCGGCUAUGACGGGAUGUUGAUGUGCCCCACUGGGAGGCUCUGCCGUGAUUACACAUCACCGACCACGACCGCCUCAACCACAUCGACCACGACCACCUCAACCACUUCAACAACCACCACCACAACCACGAUAAUAACCACGCGAACCAAUUCAACAACGACCACCGGGCCACCCGCAAAGUCAACUGUGACUCUGAAGCCGUCGCUCUCCGAAGCCAGCAGGGGUUGUGCUGCAUUGAUCCGAAGGGAGGUCACAGUGCUGGGAGUUGCGGUCGCGUUCGGCCUAAUGUUCGCCGUGAGUUCCUACUAGAAAUAUCAACUUGAAGACUUUUUAUUCUGAAAGAAAAUACAAAUUUGUGAUUGUAAAACGCAGUGCUAAUGCCAUCAUCGCUGUCUGGGAUAUGGCUCCUUUGAAAAGGAGGUCCCCGAAAUUCAAAUCCUGGUCAGGGUCAAUCUACAAUCCAUCAGUCAUCUGCGAUAAGCUGAAUUAAUCAAGCACACUUAGAAACCAACCCAAGCUAUGGACCUAGAUUGAUAGCCUAGUUGGAAACCCUGGCAUUUAGAUUGGUGUCAUGGAUUCACAUGUAAAAUUGGUGAAAUAAGCACCAUCUGGAGAUGGUGAAAUAUUUGGCAAGUGGAAUCCAAUUCGUAGCAAUUAAUUAAAUAAAGACUAAGCCUGGCCAAAGGAAUAUGACAUUUCCUCAUGUGUCAAGAUAAUUAUUAAGCUGAAAAGCCCCUACAAUGUAAAUGGGAUGGGUCAAACAUCCAAAUGCUGAAACAUUACCUGCACAUUUUUCAAUUGGUAUUACAAAGAGCAACAUUGGCCUCGACUGUGAAAACCUGGCAGGAGCCUCUUCAAAAAGUACAGUACCGAGACUGAGCGAGACUUUUCUGGGUAAACAAGCGGAAUAAUAAUAUGGGCCACAUCACUCAAAUGCAGAAUUUACACCACUGACGCAGGAUGAACGGUGGGUAAAAAGCACAGCCUGAUGUUGAAGAGCUGCCACACUAUAAAAUAUAGCAAUGAAUUUCGAUUUAAAGCUUUCGUGACUGCAGGGAUUCAUCUUCUUGGUUCUUUCGGUAAAGUCACGUAGAAGGGAAAUAAUAAAAUACAAUUCUCACGACGUUUCGGCCACAACGCAAGCAGCCGUCCUCAGGUGAAGAACAGGGCUGUCGGAAAGACAAUAAAAUAACAUUCUCACGACGUUUAGGCCACAACGCAAGGAGCCGUCCUCAGGUGAAGAAGAGGGCUGUCGGAAAGACAGCAUCCGACAGCCCUGUUCUUCACCUGAGGACGUCUGCUUGCGUUGUGGCCGAAACGUCGUGAUAAUUUUAUUUUAUUGUUUUAUUUUUAUUAUUUUAUUAUUUACCGAAAGAACCAAGAAGAUGUAGCAAUGAAUGUUAUCUUUGUGAAGAAACGGUAUAUCCAUAUAUGAAUAAAAAACAAGACAACAGUUUCUCAUGCACUAAGCGGUCACAUCAGUAGUUAUUCAUUAUGAAAAAUGUUUUAUUAAAUGAAAGACGCGA